AUACGUUUCGGCAUUCAUUUUAUGAUAAAAUAGAUAGUAUUCUAUAGGAAUGUUUAAAAAAUACCGCACAUAAGGGCAUACAUACUUUGUACAGUACAGGGUGAUACAUAACCUGGCCUAGGGACUUUAGGAUUUACAACUGUGAGCGUGGAUACUUGGAUAGUUGGUAACAGAAAGUUGUUAUUCAGCCAUGAUUAUGUAGCUUGCUUUAUAGGUGAAUUUAUUGAAGAGUAAGCAUUUAUUGUUUAUGCAGCAUUAAUUUGUUCGAAUACAAUUCUUAACGCCUUUAUAACUUUUAUAUAAUUAUCACCGUCUAAUAGACAAAAAAAUACCAUCUUUAUAAAAAACACUGUGCGAGUUUGGUUAAAAGCCGGGAGUUUUAGGGCUGAAUUACAAUAGUGCCCAAUUAAGGUAAACUUUGUUUCAGCGUAUAUAGAUAAGAACAACUGAAAUGGAGAACUUCGAGGAUCACACAUUCCAAUCUUUCCAAACAAUAGCACCAGACGCAACAAAUGUAAAUUAUUCAGAAACCCCAGACACAAGUACAGAAGGGCAAAAUGUAAAUGCUGAUCAUAUACAAAAUAAUACUCCAGAAGAAUCUUGUGAAAACCCUAAAUCUGCAAGUGACUUAAAUCUUCCAAAUACUGAUGAUUCCAAUAUUGAUAAAGAUAUGGAAGAAACCGCAGAUUUUCUGGUUAAGAACAGUGAAGUCAAUACGAGUAUACAGACUCCAAGUUUAACUGAAAAUAUAGAAAGAAUAGAGUACACUGAAAAUAUGGAAUCUCUUAUUUCAUCAACAGAAGAUACAACUGAUAAUGAUAAUACUAAUGUGGAAGACAGUAUAGAAAAUACAGUUGCACCUUCUGUGGAAGCUACUGAUUCGGCAGAACAUAAGGAAGAGGAAACAAUGGAUGUUGAUGGAGAAAAUAGGCAUACUACAAAUUAUAAUGAAGCCCAAGAUGUUACUACAGACGCUGAUAGCUCUAGACCAGAUAUAGAGGAAAAUCAAGCCAGUCAAGAAGCACCUAAUGUGGAUUCAACUCAAGAUGCAGAUAGCCCAUCAGAAACCCCUACGAACAAAGAGUCUUCAGAAAUUAGCAGCUGUGUUGAGGGUGAGGUUCCCACUAGUGCACCACCAACAGAAGAUAUUGACCAGAGGGGCAAAAUUAUAGAAGAAGAAAACACACCUUUGGAUAAUUCAAAAGCAGAUCAUGGGAUAAAAGCCUUUGAAAACAGGGGAGAAGAUGCAGAGAAACCAGACGAUAUAGAGCAGGGAGAUGAAAUAAUGAAACCUUCAAGUACUGAACCUACUCCUAUGGAUGAUGAUACUCCUCAAAAUGAAUCUUCUCAGAUAGAAGAAACAAAUGUUGAAGAUAUGGAAACAACAUCAAGCAAUAUUGCAGAACCUGCUGAAGAUUCUGAACAAGCUAAAGAUAAUGAUGUUGAUGCUGAGAUCAGUACUUCUACUACCUCUACUGAAGAUAAAGAAAAGGAGAAAUCAGACGAGAAUCAAUCUGAGGAAGCUAGUGCAUCAGAAACAAUUAGUACUGGGGAAAAUACAGAGUUUGUUCAAGUUAACUCAGAAACUGACAGCCAAGACACAGGCAGGCGAAGUGCAAUGGAGGAUGAUCCUAUUGCAUCAGACAGCUUUGAUGCAAUUGGAAAUGAUGACAGAGAAGGUGCUGACGAGGAACUUUGUAUUAUACCAGAUACCGAACGCGAAAUAUCUCAAGCUGAAAAAGAUGCUGCUUCUACAAUUCCUCCUUUGAGGGAUAUUUCUGCAGCCACUACUGAGGCCAUAGAUAGCACAAUAGAUUCGCCAGCAAGCACAGACUCCAUUAUUGUAUACAAGCAUGAUAAGGAACAUUUGGAGAUUUGCAAUAAGUGCAAGCUGAAAAGGAAAGCCUUGUACUACUACUCCCAGGAUGAAGAGAUAAAUUAUAUUUGUGAUGACAACUGCCUGUCUAGCUUUAAAGAAAGUUAUCUUAUCAAAGUGGUUUGUAACUGGGAGGAAGGUGGUCUGAGAGUUAAAAACUUCACCAGUGCUAUAAAAGAUCCUUCUUUUACAUUUAUCCGCAAAUGUGCGUCUUGUGACAAAGUUACCGACGAUAUUGAAAAUAAUUUGACGUGGGAAAUAAUGGAUUUUUGUGACGAGCUAUGCCUGACAAAAUAUCAGAAAGAAAUAGGUUCGCACUGUGCAACUUGUAAGGAAGAAGUGAAGUCAAACUCUCUUGGAAAGUACUGUGUACGUUUUGGCAAUGAUAUAAGACAGUUCUGCACCAGCUUUUGUUUAGAGAAAUACAAGAAAGGUUUGAAAGUGUGCUCAUAUUGUCAACAAGACAUGUCUGGAGAACCUAAAGGUUUUCUAGCACCUGUUGGGGACAAAGGACAGUUCAAAGAUUUCUGUUCACAAAUCUGUAUGGAGAAAUAUGACAUCAUGACAAAUGACAGACCGCCUAAAGUCGCUCCAGGAACUAUUUGCUCAGUCUGCAAAGGUGCAAAACCCAUUACGAUCGAGUUAGAUUCGAACGGGACGCCCAACUAUUUUUGUGGAGAACCCUGCUUUGUAGCGUUCAGUUUUGUUAACAAAAUUUCGUCAGGAAAAUGUGCCAUGUGUAAAAGAAAUUUUUCUAAGGAAAUCCUGAAAAAAUACACGAUGUGCUAUGACAAUGUCCAAAACAGUUUCUGCUCAAACAGCUGCAAGAACAUAUACAUAAUAGCACAUAGAAAGAUAGUGCCUUGUAGCUGGUGCAAAGUGAAGAAAUACAACUUUGACAUGAUACGCAGAUACUCAAAAACAGAACCAAUGAUCAAUAUGUGCAGUGUCAACUGUCUCGAUUUAUACAGAACAUCAUUAGAUUCGGCUGCUUCCUGUAAGGUUCUAUGCAACUACUGUCAGAAGAUGAGUGAUCCAGUGUAUCACUUAUCAAUGUCAGAUGGCUCUGUAAGGAACUUUUGCGGAUAUAAUUGUGUCUCGAGUUUCCAAAGUCAGUUUCCUAAGCAGAGUGCUCUACCUACUGUUGAAACUGGGUUUCCUGUGCCAACCGGCAUUCCGAGGAGAAAUAAACGUUUCCCUAUUGCUGCAGAAGGAGUCCCAGUGGCGGACGGUAGUUCCAUUCCAGUCAUUUCGAGUGUGCAGAGUCUCUCUUGUACCAAUGGCACUUUGAUUCCUCAAUGCAUUCCUUUGAAUACUGUCAGCACAAGAUCUACUAGAUCCAAGUCAUCUGCCACUACUACAGCACAGUUACCUCAGAUCACAACUGAGGUUCAAGUACAGAUUAAGCAUCAUUUCAUUGUUAGGUCAGCACCUCUUCCUGAACAGAGGAAUGUGAGCACCAUGUGUUAUACCAAGAAAACUAGCCAGGGUACAAUGAUGAAACCUGAGAUGGUCGACCAAGGAGUUCAAACUGACGAAAGAGAGGCGGCAAAGAUCCUGAUUCCAUGUCCAGUUCCCAUAUAUGUCCCAACUCCCAUGCACGUUUUUAGUGCUCCUUCCCCAGUACCGGUACCAAUACCUAUUCCGAUACCUAUUCCAAUAUUCAUACCAACCACUAGAAACUCUGCGCAAGGCAUCAUGAAAGAAAUCAAAAAGAUCCAGGUUAAAAUUCCCACGGAUCCCUACGAAGCAGAACUUUUAAUGAUGGCAGAAAUGGUAGCAGAAGAAAAGAAGGAUGAUGUGACAGAUUCAGAGAGUGACAUUGACGAUGGGGGACCAGAAGAUAGCUAUAGUCCCGAACCUGUUGAAGCGAGUAACACUUUUGGAGACGAUAUGCUACAAAUGGCGCUGAAAAUGGCUACCGAGCUUGAAGAACCUGCUGUAGACUUGGAAGGAGCUCUGACAGCAAAUACUAUAACUGCCCCACAAGAUGGGCAUGGCCAAGAAGAGGGUGUAGACGAGCAUCAUCCCAUGCAUCAGCACAUGAUGGAUAGGAAUGCAGCUGCCAGGGGUAGAAAGCGAGGUAUCAGACAAAAUAGAGGUGGUUCAGCACCCAAGAGAGGUAGAAGAAUGUCGCACCAAGUGGACAUGCCUAUGAUGCAGCAACAACAACCGCCUCCACAGCCUGAACCUGUCGAGAAGCCUGAUGCCAAUAUGUGUCUUAAGUACACAUUUGGCGUGAACGCUUGGAAACAGUGGGUGACAACGAAAAACACAGAGUUGGAAAAAUCCUCACGACGAUGCAAACUAUUCAAAACAGAAAUUUUGCAACUGACUUCAGACGAACUAAGUUACUCAUUGUGUCUGUUCGUCAAGGAAGUCAGAAAACCUAACGGAGCAGAGUAUGCUCCUGAUACGAUAUACUACUUAUGUUUGGGCAUCCAACAAUACCUCUUUGAGAAUGGCAGGAUAGACAACAUAUUCUGUGAUCCAUACUACGAGAAAUUCACGGAUUGUCUAGAUGAAGUCGCCAAGAAGUUCUCGGUCCUUUAUAAUGAUUCACAUUACAUCGUUACAAGAGUUGAAGAAGAGCACUUGUGGGAGAGCAAGCAGUUAGGAGCUCAUUCUCCCCAUGUGUUGCUAAGCACAUUGAUGUUCUUCAACACCAAACAUUUCAACCUGACUACUGUUGAAGAACAUAUGCAGCUGUCAUUUUCUCAUAUAAUGAAACAUUGGAAACGAAAUCCGAAUCAACCAGGAGCCUCGACAAAAUUGGCUGGUACAAGAAAUGUUCUGUUACGAUUUUAUCCUCCUCAAAGCGCGAUACAGAAUAAUGCCAGAAAGAAAAAGGUUUAUGAGCAACAAGAAAACGAAGAAAAUCCGUUGAGGUGUCCCGUGAAGUUAUACGAAUUCUAUUUGUCAAAAUGUCCUGAAAGUGUAAGAACAAGAAACGAUGUCUUCUACCUUCAACCAGAAAGAUCUUGUGUCCCUGACAGUCCAGUGUGGUAUUCAACAAUGCCAUUACCGAAAGAAGCUUUAGAGAAGAUGCUGCAUAGGGUCAAAAUGGUGAAAGAAAUUAAUGUAGCUCUCUUGACCAGUUAAACUUUGACAUAUAUACAAGCUUUUUAUACUAUCGUUGAUUUUUGUGGUUGGCAGUAUAGGACAUCACAUAGCAUGAAAUAUUGAUUCGCCACAUCGAAGUAUUCUCAAGAGAUAAUUUGAAAAAUGUACAUUCCUUAAGGUGUGUGUAAGGUUUAUCAAUCCAACGAUGAAAAAUUCGUAAAAUUUUGUGAUAAGAAGAAACUCUUCAUGGCAUCCGAUUUAUACUGAUUAUACGAUAAAUCAAAGUUAGUAUAAUCUGAGUGGCAUUUUUUUACAAAUUCACACUGUAUAUCUCCAAUAUAUAGAUUCAACUUUUGGUGUAUAACACUUGACAGCAGACUCGGGUCGAAUACGAAUCCUGAAUACUGCAUUUUAAAUUGUAUUUGAAUACAAGGAAAAAACUAUUCUAAUACCCAUCUUCUGAAUACCUGGAUUCAUUUAAAUAUCAAUACUUUUUGAAUAUUUCAACUUAAAAAUGCACAUUUUAAGGUGGCACGUCCCUUUUUUAUAUUUCUUUUCAACUUCCUGUUUGCAGGAGUAUUCUAAAUCUUUUCAUCUGAUAAUUUCAUGGUGUUAAAGAGAUGACUAAAAACAAUGUUUUCAUUUUCUUUUGUAAAAAAAUGCAUUUUUUGUGCAUUUUAUUGUAUGUUCUUUCUUCAAUCGAAACUUGUUAACAAAUAUAUAUAUAUAUAUAUAUAUAUAUAUAUAUAUAUAUAUAUAGCUCUGAAAUUGUGUGUGAAUAUUCCUCUUUUAUGGAAGAAUGAAACGAGUGAUACAUAAUUUCAGAGCUGUACUUAUAUUUGUUAACAAGUUCCGAUUGAAGAAAAAAUGCUCGAUAAAAUGCACAAAAAAUUAUUUUUUGACAAUAAAACAAAUGAAAACAUUGUUUUUAGUCAUCUCUAUACAGACCAUGAAAUUAUCAGAUGAAAAGGAUUUAGAAUACUGCUGCAAACAGGAAGUUGGAAGAAAAUCUAAAAGAAAAGGGACGUGCCACCUUAAACUUUAUUUUUAUGUCCUUAAGUUAUACAGAUAUUGAAAAAUGCAUGACUAUAUUUAAACUUAAAAAUAACAUUUUGAUACAAUGUCUCAGUGAUCUAUCACGAAUUUAGGAGCACCACCAUCCACACAACUAAAAUCCACAACUACGCUAACGAGUUUUAACACGCGAAACGCAAUAUUCAUACGGAUAGCCAAACAGUAUUCGAAAACAGGAUUCCAAAUCAGGAUUCGAAUACCGGGAUCUGAAUGCAAAGUCAGUAUUCGAAAUUCGAAUAUUGGUAUGCAGAAACGGUAUUCUGAAUCCAGAAUACCGAAUACUGACCAAAGUGUUCAGUCGAAUACCAAACACGAAUAGUGUUCGUAAACCAGCCAUAUGUAUUCUGAAUAGGAUUUAAAAUACCGAAUAUUCGAAUACUGCCCAAGUCUGCUUGACAGUAGUUAUCCAGACUCUUGGUAAUAUUACGAAUCACAAAACUUUUUUUGGAAUUUAAUUAUAACCCCACUUUUUGUAAAAUUCAAGAAAUUGUUGGUUAUCGCAAAUUUUAGUGACUCUUGUGACAUGAAUUUUCAAAAUGGUUUUCCAAACAAUAUAUUAUAGGCCAGGUGAAUUGAGAAAAAUGCUAGUUUUUUUCGCAUUCAGAGAGGCAACCCUGGUAACUUAAAAUGAACAUAAACACUUUUUGGAAAGGUACUCUUCGUUUUUGUACCUUUAAUGCCGCAAAAUCGAAGAUGUGCUACAAAACUCAAAAAGAUUUUUAAGCAAAUUGAAUGUCCACCAGAGUUGGUAAAGAUCUAUUUUUUUUAAUAACAAAACUUGCAAAAACGUUUUGUUAUCAAGGCUACUUUGCCUGUGGUUUUAGACAAACGUGUAUUUUUGUGUAAUAUUCUUUUUUAUUUUCUGUAACUUUGAUGUCCACUUUUGUGUGACAGAUUAUUUUCACAUUUGUGAAUUUCGAAUUUAUUUAUAUAUAUAUUUCUUUUUAUUUUAUAUUUGUAAGACGUAUUUAGCUUUCAAAGCAGCUAUAGUGUUACAAAUACUUUAUUUACUUCAUCAUUUUAUUUCUUUUACACAUGUAUAUUUUAUUUUCCAACACGUUGUGAAAAUAUAAUUUUUGGUAAGAUAACAGUGAUUUUAAGUACAGAACGACCUCAAGCAACUCUUUGAUUUUCCAAAAUAAAUGUACUUGAAACAUGUUUCUUUAUAUCAGUCAAUUUGAGGGCGUACUCAUAGUUACUGAAAAUUCUGGUCGUAACUGUGUAUAGUAUAAAAAGAACUCUUGUAAUAUAUAAAUUCAACAUUUUGUAGUAUGAUAUAUUAUUAAGGUAUUAUCAACAUAAUUAAUAGUAUAUAAGUAAUGUUUCUCUACAAGCUACUAGUUUACAUGUUUUUGCCACUUAC